UCCAGCCCAGAUCGAGCAAUAUGUAUCAUGUUGGAAGGGGCGUACACACGUGCAUCUCGUGCUUCACGUGCACAUGCCCGUUUGUUGCAAGUGCCGUCUGGACACUUCCUUUGCCUUGCAGCCAUGCGUUGUUGGAACCCGGAGGCGAAAAUCAUGAAAGUAACGGAGUUGCACCUUUUAUGGUACCUGUGCGCUGUAGCAUCACUAACCUACGUCUACCUCAUCACUGUCGGCAGCCUCGGCAUGCUUGCCAAACAGUACGGUCUUCCUUUACCGCCAAAGGUCAAGGCCAGUGGAGCAAAACAGUUUCAGCCGAAUGGUGCCUUGAAGCGACUCAUCCAAUACAACGCCGCAUGGGACAGGGCCGACAGACCAGCAUCUCAAAUCCCCACGGCUUCCGGUAGGACCAUAACCUCCCACAAUUCCAGUAGGAAUGUGAAAGAUCAAGGUCGAUCUGAGCAACGCGAGAAGUACCUCAUAUACCUCUGCCAGCGUGGGAAAUACUGCGGAGGACUUACAGACAGGCUGAUCGGUAUCGUCACGGCUUACGUCGCUUCAGAGAUAAUGGGCAGGAGGUUUGGAAUAAAGUUUGAGUCUCCCUGUUACCUUUCCACAUUCCUUGAGCCAAACCUGAUCGACUGGGAAAUAAGCCCCAUGGCACUGAGAAAUAAAACCUCCAGGGAGAGAGGGCAUUUGGGAAAUGCUGGGUUUGGCACUAAAAUAAACAAACACGCCAAAAAAUUAUCCAAGAUAGAUAUUAUAUAUUAUAGGGGCAACGUGGAUAUAUUGGAGUCUUUAAUGAAACAAAAAUUAAUAGGAUCUGUGCAGUGGGCCAGAAAUAAACCUCUCGUCAACGUCUACCAAACAGCCAUAACCCGACUGUUCAAACAUUCAAAGCGUCUGAAAGAGCAGUAUCAACUCUUUAAAUCGAGCUUGAAACGUGCCCAAAGACAAUUGAUAUGCGCGCACAUGCGCAUGGGAAAGAGCCAGACCUUAAAAAGCGAUUCUAACUUAACACUCUCCUUGCGACCUCGCCCGGACUCUGUGAUCCGAUUUGUAAAAAAUCGCUUAAAUUCCAGAAAAGCAGAUUUUUUUCUCGCAACCGAUUCUGAGGAAAUUCGCCAAAGGUUCAAGGAAGAAUUCCCGAAUAAUUUCCGCGAAGUACAAGGGCCGAUAACUCACAUAGACCAAGGUAGAGGGCGCUACAACUGCGAGGCAAUGGGCAAGGUGAUACUGGAUCAGUAUAUUCUGUCGACUUGUAAAACUCUCAUCAUGUCGAAUAGCGGAUUUAGUCGACUUGCAGCUAUCAUGCGAGGCACUGACCUUGACCUUUACCUGGCCUUGCACAACGGGAAGAUCAUUCCCCAAAAGAGGUCGAACCCUUCACUGUCAUACCGCAGAGGUUAAGAUGGCGUCUUCCCUGCGAAGCUUCUUGUUUCUAUGCUGUUACUCUUGCUGUUGUUUCUAUACUGUUACUCUUGCUGUUAUGUUAUGUUUUUUUAUUAUCGUUUACAAUUAACUGUAAACGUUAAUGUGUUCCUUGAAAUUGUUGUCUUCAGAGCCUAAUGAACCUGAGAAUUCCUUUCUGAGCAAAACAUGUAUUCUACAUCCGAAUGAGUAAUCUACCGUCAGUAGCAACACCUUCAAAUAAAGUGUAAACGUCUCCGA